UAUUAACUCGAAAUAAUUGUCCAUUGAUUUGAUCCUCCUCCUCGCAAGUGUGCAUCAAUGGCGGAUGGAAUCAGCAAUUUGCCAGAUGAUGUUCUGCUUCACAUUCUCUCGUUCCUUCCUACUGAAGAUGCUUUUGCGACAAGUCUUGUGUCCAAGAGAUGGAGACCACUCUGGCUUUCAGUUCUCAAUCUCGACUUUGUCGAACAUAGAUAUACUCGACAUGGGAAUAAACGUUUGCUACGACCAUUCUCUUCCUUUAUUGAUGCAUCCAUUCUCAGACGAGGUAUUCACCAACCCAUCAAAACUUGAGAAUCUCCAAUUCAAUUGUUUGGCCUUUGGGCAGGACUUACCCUGCUCCAUUUUCAGCAUCAAAACCCUUGUUGUUCUCAAGUUGAAAUGCGUGGCUUUUAAGGUUUUUUCUUCUGUUGAACUUCCCUCACUCAAAACUCUGCAUUUGAACAUGGUUCAUGUUUUCAAGCCUCAUCAUUUAAUGGAGCUUCUUAAUGGGUGUCCCAAUCUUGAAACUUUGAAAGCAAAGGAUAUAAGGUUUGAUUUUAUUGACCCUUCAUUUAAGGGUAAGGGUAAGGGGAACCUUAAACCUUUAUCAAAGCUUGUCAGAGCAGAUCUUUCUCCCUGGAUGAUGAAGAGGCCGGGAACUUAUUAUAUUGUUGAGUUUGUCCGCGAGUUCGGCCACGCUGACAUUCCUAUAUUUCCCAAUUUAAUCCAUUUUGAGCUCAUCUUGGGAGGCAGUGUUAAAAUGGAAGUGGUGCUCUAUUUGCUCAAUCAUUGCCCUCAACUUCAAACUUUUCUCCUUCAAAACGUAUGUUGUCUUGUAAACCAGGCUUGGCAAAAUACACCUGUGGUUCCUGAAUGCUUUUCUUCACAGCUCCAAACCUGCAUUAUUACAAAGUUUGAAGGUGCCAAAAGUGAGAUGACAUUUGCCAAGUUUGUUAUGCAAAAUUCAACGUUGUUACAUACCAUGACAAUUUUCAGUUUCCCUAAACUAUCUCAUGAGAAAAAGGCUGAAAUUAGAAUAGAAUUAGAAUCAUGCCCAAAGAGCUCUGCAACCUGUGAACUUUUAUUUAAGUAAUUGGUAUUCUUGUUAGUAGUUAAAA